AUGCUUUCUGAUCCAUUUUUUAUUGUCAAUUAUUCGUUAGCUAUUGUAUUUUCAAUCGUUGGCUUAAGUUUAUGUUUGCUAACAAUUGUCAUCACUAUUACCCAUCGACAAUGUCAUAAUUUUACUAAUGUACUCUCUUGUAAUACAUGUACAGCUGUUACUUUAUAUUUCAUCUUUCGAAUUCUUACAUGCAUCUAUGGUCUUCGUCAAGACUGGCAAUUUCAUCAACCAGCUUGUAUUUUUCGUGCAUAUUGUUCACUUGCAUUAUGUGCCGCUCUUUGUUAUUCAUAUUCUAUCCAAGCUACUAGUCGGCUAUUUUUUGCUGUAUUUUACAAACAUAAAUAUCUUCUUACAUGGCGUACUCAUUGGAUCAUGAUUAUUGUCAAUUGGAUAAUUAGUUUUAUUAUAUCAAUUCAACCAUUUUUCUAUCAACAUGGUUUUGAACUUGAAAUAGAAUCUCGUAGUUGUGUUGUUACUCCUAAAAUUGUAUCAAUAUCUAUGUAUACACUUGUAAUUAUAUUUAUUAUUCCUUUGAUUGUUGUAACAAUUUUUGGUGGUAUAAUUGUUUAUUAUGUUCGUCAAUCGAGUCGUCGAAUAGCAGCAGUUGUAUCAAACGUAGCCGAAAAUGCAUCUACCGUUCAAGUUUCUAAACGUUAUGGAAAACAGCGUACAGAAUUAAUCAAAGACAAAACUCAGACAUUUACAGGAAAUUUUCGAAAUUUAUCAGCAAGACAUGGGAGACAAAUUUUCAAGGAUUUUCCAUAA